ACUCCCCUAAUUUGACCAUCCACUAAUUUCAAAAUCAUUAAGAAGUUCGAAAUGGGAGGACUUGAUUGACUCCAAUUGUUGAGUAAGACACAAGAGGGGAAAAGAAGAGAAAAGAUGCGUGGCGUGAAGAGGUGGUUGUUGCUGAAGCCAUGUUCCCGGAACAUGUGUACCGUUACAGCUUCACACCUGAACUACAUGAUCGAUGCUUGCAUACACAACAACAACAUAAAGCAAGCUCGCAAACUGUUAGACGACAACCCCUCAUCCCGCAACCUCGUUUCAUGGAACAUGGUCAUGACCGCCUACGUUCAACACCAUCAAAUUCAACUUGCCCGCGACCUGUUCGAUCAAAUGCCCCUGAAAGACGCUGUUUCCUGGAACAUCAUGCUCUCUGGUUUUCACAGAACCAGAAACUCCAAUGCCCUUUACCACUGUUUCUCGCAAAUGGGAAGGGCUGGUGUAGUCCCCAAUGAUUACACCAUCUCCACAUUGCUCAGAGCAGUUAUUGGCACUGAGCUGGAUGUUUUGGUCCACCAGCUUCAUGCUCGAGCAUGGCAUUUGGCACUCAACAUGAAUGUGUUUGUUGGGUCUUCGUUGAUCAGAGCCUAUGCUAGUUUAAGGGACGAGGCGGCUUUACGUCGAGUGUUUGAUGAUAUAUUAAUGAAAGAUGUUACAUCUUGGAAUGCUUUAGUUUCUGGUUAUAUGGAACUGGGAAAAUUGACUGAGGCUCAAACAACUUUUGAUCUAAUGCCCCAAAGAAACAUAAUUUCAUGGACCACUUUGGUGAAUGGUUAUGUCAAGAACAAGCUAAUUAACCAAGCAAGGUCUGUUUUUAACCAAAUGAGUGAGAGGAAUGUGGUGUCUUGGACGGCAAUGAUUAGUGGGUAUGUGCAAAAUAAGAGAUUUAUGGAUGCUUUGGAGCUUUUUCUCUUGAUGUUUAAGUCCGGGACUUGCCCCAAUCAUUUCACAUUUUCUACUGUUUUAGAUGCAUGUGCUGGUUGCUCCUCUCUUCUGAUGGGCCAGCAGGUUCACCUGUGUAUUAUCAAAUCUGGCAUACCAGAAGAUGUUGUAUCGUUGACCUCGCUUGUGGAUAUGUAUGCAAAAUGUGGGGACAUGGAUGCAGCAUUUUGUGUUUUUGAGUCCAUUCUGAAUAAGAAUUUGGUAUCGUGGAAUUCAAUAAUUGGCGGUUAUGCAAGGCAUGGGCUAGCUACCAGAGCAUUGGAGGAGUUUGAUAGGGUGGAAAAAGCUGGGGUUACACCUGAUGAAGUUACGUUUGUGAAUGUGUUGUCAGCAUGUGUGCAUGCUGGUCUUGUUGAAGAAGGUGAAAAGCACUUUGCUAAAAUGGUGACCAAGUAUGGAAUCCAAGCAGAGAUGGAGCAUUAUACUUGCAUGGUGGACCUCUAUGGAAGAGCAGGGAAAUUUGAUGAAGCAGAGAAAUUGAUCAAGUGUAUGCCAUUUGAGCCUGACUUGGUGUUGUGGGGUGCAUUGCUUGCAGCUUGUGGUCUGCAUUCAAAUGCAGAACUUGGAGAGUAUGCUGCAGAGAGGAUCCGAAAACUGGAGAGUAGUCAUCCUAUUUCUUACUCCAUGCUUUCUAAGAUCCAAGGUGAGAAAGGAAUAUGGAGCAGUGUGAAUGAUGUGAGGGACAUGAUGAAGGAGAGACAGGUCCAAAAGCAGCAGGCUUUUAGCUGGGUUGGGUAAUAU